AUGUCUUCACAGCCUCUUCUCCAGACCGCGCCCGGCAAGCGGAUCGCUCUUCCUACCCGUGUCGAGCCCAAAGUCUUCUUCGCCAAUGAGCGAACCUUUCUCUCAUGGCUCAAUUUCACCGUCAUUUUGGGCGGUCUUGCCGUUGGUUUGCUGAACUUUGGCGACCGAAUUGGCCGCAUUUCUGCCGCCCUCUUCACCGUCAUCGCCAUGGCGGCUAUGAUAUACGCCGUCGUUACAUUCCACUGGCGAGCCCAGAGUAUCAGGCGCCGCGGACAAAGCGGGUUUGAUGAUCGCUUUGGCCCGACUAUUCUGGCUAUUGCUCUCCUGGCCGCCGUCGUGGUGAAUUUCAUCCUGCGCAUCCAAGAUUCCGAGUCCCAAUAA